AUGUUCUCUCUCCAUACCGCCCUGCGGAUUCUUUCCCUCACAUCUCUCGUCCAUGCUGCUGCUGCCAGCACGGUCUUCGAAUCCCUCCAUGGCGUGCCCCGUGGCUGGACAUUCGUGCGUGAUGCCGAGGGCGAUGAGAACGUCAAUCUGCGUCUGUCGCUCAAGCAGCAGAAUGUUGAUUCCCUGUAUGAGAAGCUGAUGGAUGUUUCUACCCCGGAUCAUAAGCAGUACGGCCAGCAUUAUGAGGGGCACGAGCUCAGGAGUCUUCUCCAGCCGACAGAGCAGACCUCAAAUGUGGCCAUCAGCUGGCUCCAGGACAACAAUAUCACGGCAAUUACCGAUGACAGCGAUUAUGUUCUUUUCAAGACCACUGUCGGAAACGCCAAUAAACUGUUGAACACUAAGUUUGGCUGGUACAAGAGCGAGGAAUUUAAGCAGAAUGUGCUUCGAACUCUAUCCUACUCAGUGCCUGAUGAAGUCAGAGAUCAUAUCAAUUUCGUGCAGCCAACCACAAGAUUCGGGAGCCUGAAGCCGCUGUCUUCACACGCUCAAUUGAUUGAUGCUGGUCCAAAGACAAAUGGCAAGGCUAAAUGGUUGGGCAAACCAACACCCCCCUCCAAACUCGACCCAGCAUGCAACACGACAACCACACCUGAGUGUCUCUUGAACCUUUAUAACGUUCACUACAAGGGAGAUCCCGACAACGGGAACACUGUCGGCUUCGCUUCCUUCUUGGAGGAAUAUGCCAGAUACGCAGAUUUGGAGGAAUUCGAGAAAGUCUAUGCUCCUUAUGCCAUUGGUCACAAUUUCAGUGUGGUUCAAUUCAGCAACGGAGGCAACAACCAAACCAGCACGGAAGAUUCAGGUGAAGCCAACCUCGACAACCAAUACAUCGUCGGCGUUGGAUACCCCACGCCAGUCGUUGAAUACAGCACUGGCGGCCGGGGACUCCUGAUCCCAGAUGGCGACUCUCCAACCCAAGCAGACAACACCAACGAGCCAUACCUCGAGUGGCUUCUCGCAUUGACCAAGCUCCCUAACAGUGAGAUCCCCAACAGCAUCUCCAUCUCCUAUGGCGAGAACGAGCAAGAAAUCCCCAUCAGCUAUGCCAAGCAAGUCUGCCAACUCUUCGCACAACUGGGAGCCCGCGGGAAGACCAUUCUAUUCUCCUCCGGCGACUCUGGAACAGGUGACUUCUGUCUCUCCAAUGAUGGCAAGAACACCACCAAGUUCCAGCCGCAAUUCCCCGCGUCCUGUCCCUAUGUGACCUCGGUAGGAGGAACCCGCUACGUUGAGCCCGAAGUUGCGGUCUUCUUCUCCUCAGGCGGCUUCUCGAACAUCUGGCCCCGUCCACUCUACCAAGAGCUCGCAGUUACUUCUUACCUACGCAAGAUCGGUGACAAGAACGAGGGUUAUUACAACAGACAUGGUCGCGGAUUCCCCGAUGUUGCCGCUCAGGCGCAGAAUUUCCGUGUCAUUGAUCAGGGAACUGACAACGGAUACCGUGGCACAUCCUGCUCAGCACCUACAUUCAACGGAAUCGUCGCGCUUCUCAACUCUGCCCGCGUCAGUGCCGGACUGCCCACUCUGGGCUUCCUGAACCCGUGGAUCUAUACCGUCGGCCAGUUUGGAUUGAAUGAUAUCACGCUCGGAGCAGCCACUGGAUGCAACGGAAUGAGCAGGUUUAACAGCAAGCCCAAUGGCAGCCCCGUCAUUCCGGGCGCGAGCUGGGAUGCAACCGAAGGCUGGGACGCGGUGACUGGGCUUGGGACGCCAGAUUUUGGGAAGUUGUUGAAGUUGAGCACGCCGUUCGUGGCGAAUAAGGGAGGUGUUUUAGAUACUAAGUGA